AACCGCGCGCCGCUCCCAGGCGUCCUCGCAAGGUCGCUCUGCGGAAGGCGACCGCGCAUCAGUGACAAGAACCCGGUUUGGGGGUGCGCCGUGUCACCAGCGGCGGCAUGUCGGGGUACACGCCGGAUGAGAAGCUGCGGCUGCAGCAGCUGCGAGAGCUGAGAAGGCGAUGGCUCAAGGACCAGGAGCUGAGCGCUCGGGAGCCUGUGCUGCCCCCGCAGAGGACGUGGCCCUUGGAGAGCUUCUGGAACAAGUUUUUGCAGAACGAGGCCCCUUGGAGGAACGUGGUCUAUAAGGUAUACCGGCACAGCAUCUUUGCUUUCACUCAUGUACUUAUACCUGCCUGGAUUAUUCAUUAUUAUUUCAAAUAUCAUGUGAAUACAAAACCAUAUGCCAUCGUUCAAAGGAAGCCCAGAAUAUUCCCAGGUGAUACAAUUCUGGAGACUGGAGAAGUAAUUCCACCAAUGAAAGAAUUUCCUGAUGAACACCACUGAAGAUUAAUUAAAAUUCAAAGGUGUAUGAGCCCAAGUUUGUUCUUCCACCACCAGAUUUACUGAAUACAUUUUCUGGACUAAUAACUUAAAUAAAGCUGACUUUCAGAG